AUUUCCAUCACUGAAGAAAAGAAGUCACGGUUCUAGUGGCUACGGACGCACCGCCCGGUAAUUCCAGGAUGUACACUAACGAAGCUGUGAUAUUAGAGAAGACAUCUUCUGUCUGGUGGGAUGUGUGGGAGUCCAACAUGCCAGGCAUGACAGACAGCCCGUUGUUGCCUGAUGACCAUUUGGUUCCUACUUUGAGGAGGAGGGGUGCACUGGUGGACCAUCGAGAUGUCAUCAAAGCGCACCGAUCACACAAGCUGCUCAGCACCCCGCAGGCCAAACGCAAGGAGUGGGAGAUGGCACGCUUCGGAGAAACCGGGGUGCCCGGAGGGGGCCCGGUGGCCCGGGGGGGCAGCAGACAGGGAACCCAGCGCGUGUAUAAACAGUCGAUGGCACAGAGAGCGCGCACCAUGGCGCUGUAUAACCCGAUCCCGGUGCGCCAGAGCUGUUUAACAGUCAACCGCUCGCUUUUCCUGUUCAGCGAGGACAACGUGGUGAGGAAAUACGCCAAAAAGAUCACCGAGUGGCCUCCGUUUGAGUGGAUGAUUUUAGCGACCAUCAUCGCUAACUGCAUAGUUUUGGCCCUGGAGCAGCAUUUACCAAGUAAUGACAAGACACCACUUUCAGAACGACUGGAUGACACCGAGCCCUAUUUCAUAGCGAUCUUCUGUUUUGAGUCGGGCAUUAAAAUUUUGGCUCUGGGUUUUGCCUUCCAUAAAGGGUCAUAUCUCCGUAACGGCUGGAACGUCAUGGAUUUCGUAGUGGUGCUCACGGGCAUUUUAUCUACUGUGGGUUCGGAGUUUGAUUUGCGGACACUGCGAGCUGUGAGAGUGCUGCGACCCCUCAAACUCGUCUCAGGAAUUCCAAGCCUACAGGUGGUGCUGAAGUCAAUCAUGAAGGCAAUGAUUCCUCUGCUGCAAAUUGGUGUUCUGCUCUUCGUUGCCAUUCUUAUGUUUGCCAUUAUUGGUCUUGAGUUUUAUUCUGGAAAAUUCCACAAAGCCUGCUACGACAAUGUCACAGGGGAGAUCGUGGAUGACCAGCCGUGCGGUGACGAGUUGCCUGCACGCGUGUGUUCAUCUGAUUCCAUGUGUGUAGAGAAAUGGCUCGGACCGAAUUACGGGAUCACGCAGUUCGACAACAUCCUGUUUGCCGUGCUGACGGUGUUCCAGUGCAUCACGAUGGAGGGCUGGACAGACAUGCUGUAUUAUAGCAACGAUGCUUUAGGAAGUGCAUGGAACUGGAUGUACUACGUCCCUCUCAUAAUCAUCGGCUCUUUCUUUAUGCUCAACCUGGUAUUGGGUGUGUUAUCUGGUGAGUUUGCUAAAGAGAGGGAGCGAGUAGAGAACCGCAGUGAGUUUUUAAAACUACGACGACAGCAGCAGAUUGAAAGAGAACUUAACGGAUAUCUGGAAUGGAUUUGUAAAGCAGAGGAAGUCAUUUUGGCUGAAGAUGACACCACUGGUGACCGCUCCCGGCGCAGACCCACAUUAAAGAAGAGCAAAACUGACCUGCUGAACCCUGAAGAAGGAAUCGAUCACAUGGGGGAUGCAGUGGGACUGAAGGCUGAUGGUUCCAGCUUCAGUAAGAAGGAGCGGCGUUUUCGUAUUCUUAUUCGAAAGAUGGUAAAAACUCAGGCGUUUUAUUGGACCGUCCUCAGCCUUGUGGGGCUUAACACACUCUGCGUUGCUGUCGUUCACUACAAACAGUCUGAACUGCUCUCAGACUUCCUCUUCUAUGCCGAGUUUAUUUUCCUCGGCCUGUUCAUGAUGGAGAUGCUGAUAAAGAUGUACGGAUUAGGAACGAGACCGUACUUUCAUUCCUCCUUCAACUGUUUCGACUGUGCAGUUAUCGUUGGCAGUAUAUUCGAGGUGGUCUGGGCGAUGAUCAAACCCGGGACUUCUUUUGGGAUCAGUGUACUACGAGCACUUAGGCUGCUGCGAAUCUUCAAAGUCACCAAGUACUGGGCACCUCUACGCAAUCUGGUGGUUUCUUUGUUAAACUCCAUGAAAUCCAUCAUCAGUUUGCUUUUUCUCCUCUUUCUCUUCAUUGUGGUGUUCGCUCUGCUUGGGAUGCAGCUGUUCGGAGGACAGUUUAACUUUGAGCAAGGAACUCCUCCAACAAACUUCGACACUUUUCCUGCAGCCAUCAUGACUGUCUUUCAGAUUCUGACAGGUGAGGACUGGAACGUGGUGAUGUAUGAUGGGAUUGCGUCUCAGGGCGGAGUUGAAAGGGGAAUGAUCUCCUCUGUGUUUUUUAUCGUGCUCACACUUUUUGGCAACUACACACUGCUGAAUGUAUUCUUGGCCAUCGCUGUGGAUAAUUUGGCCAACGCUCAGGAACUUACCAAGGAUGAGCAGGAAGAAGAGGAAGCUACUACCCAGAAAAUCGCUCUACAGAAAGCUAAAGAAGUUGCAGAAGUCAGCCCUCUGUCUGCUGCCAACCUCUCCAUUGCUGCUAAGGAGCAGCAGAGAAAUGCAAAGCCUCCCAAAUCAGUGUGGGAGCAGCGCACCAGUGAGAUCCGCCGGCAAAACCUGAUGACCAGCAGAGAGGUGCUGUACAACGAACUAGACUCAGAAGAUCACUGGAAGCAAAUGAAUUUUCGUAACAAUUCUGAUAAGAAGACACACCUGGAUCGCCCUCUGGUGGUGAACCAUGAGGAGAACCGCAACAACAAUACCAACAAACCACCACCGGGAGAGCCUGAACAGUAUGAGGACAAUAUGCCUCCCCCUCCCAGCUACACACCUCACCCCCAUCACAGGCCUCACUCACAUCAUCGACCCUGCCCACAUAGAGAAACGGGAGGGGUGAAGGACAGGCAACACAGGAGACAUCAUCAUCAUGGAGACAAGGAGGGGAGGAGGGAACGAAGCUCCCACCAUCACUGCUCAAGAAAACAGUGCAGCGAGGAUCUGGAUAACGUCCGCAACAACAGCAGGCUGCUAUUUUGUAAUCCUGAACCCCACUUCCACGAUCCUCUCCAUAAACCAUGCUGCGACACGGAGCAGACUAAUAACGAGCUGAAUCUGAGGGGACGGGGCCUGUCGGAUAGCAUCCUCAUCCUCACUGACCCGAUGAAGAACUCCACUAGCGAGUUUCUCGCCAUAGACAUGCAGCCCAUUUACCCAUCACUCGACGCCCAGCUGCAGGUGAAUAAGAAUGCAAACACUGAAGCAGCCAAAGAUGGAGAGAAAAAAGAGGAGGAGGGUGAUGGAGGAGAUGACGAGGACGGACCCAAACCCAUUCCUCCGUUCAGCUCCUGCUUCAUCAUGUCUCCCACCAACCCAUUUCGUAGGUGCUGCCACUACAUUAUGACUCUACGUUAUUUUGAGAUGUGUAUUCUCUCUGUAAUCGCCAUGAGCAGCAUUGCUCUCGCAGCAGAAGAUCCAGUCUCGCCUGACUCACCUCAGAACAAUGUUCUUCGCUACUUUGACUACGUCUUCACUGGUGUGUUUACUUUUGAGAUGCUGAUUAAGAUGGUGGUGCUUGGUUUGGUUUUUCAUGAAGGAGCAUAUUUUCGUGAUUUGUGGAAUUUUUUGGACUUCAUCGUAGUCUCUGGGGCUUUGCUUGCCUUCGGCUUUACGGGUACGAGUGCAGCUAAUAAUAUUGGCAACUUCAAAUCUCUGAGAGUGUUACGAGUCCUGAGACCACUAAAGACCAUCAAACGUCUCCCUAAACUAAAGGCUGUAUUUGAUUGUGUGGUGAAUUCUCUGAAGAACGUGUUGAACAUCCUCAUUGUCUACAUGCUCUUCAUGUUUAUCUUUGCUGUCGUGGCUGUGCAGCUUUUUAAAGGAAGAUUUUUCUACUGCACAGAUGAAUCCAAAGAGUUUCAGCAUGACUGCAGGGGUAGUUACCUGGUGUAUGAGAAGGAUAACGAAGUGAAACCUCAGCACCGGUUCUGGAGGAAGUACGAUUUUCACUAUGACAAUGUGAUGUGGGCUCUGCUCACACUCUUCACUGUAUCCACAGGAGAGGGAUGGCCGCAGGUGCUGAAACAUUCUGUGGACUCUACCUUUGAGAAUCAGGGUCCCAGUCCAGGCUACAGGAUGGAGAUGUCCAUAUUCUACGUGGUGUACUUUGUGGUGUUUCCCUUUUUCUUUGUGAACAUCUUUGUCGCUCUGAUCAUCAUCACCUUCCAGGAGCAAGGAGAUAAAAUGAUGGAGGACUACAGCCUUGAGAAAAAUGAGAGAGCUUGUAUUGACUUUGCAAUAAAUGCAAAGCCCCUGACGCGUCACAUGCCCGAGGAUAAGCUGAGCUUCCAGUACAAAAUGUGGCAGUUCGUGGUUUCACCGCCAUUCGAAUACAGCAUCAUGAGUCUGAUCGCCCUCAACACCAUUGUUCUCAUGAUGAAGUAUCAUGGAGCUUCAGAGAUGUACGACAAAGUGCUGAAGAACCUGAACAUCGUGUUCACCAUUCUCUUUUUCAUGGAAUGCAUUCUAAAAAUGAUUGCUUUUGGUGUCCGUAAUUAUUUCCGAGAUGCGUGGAACAUUUUCGACUUCGUCUCCAUCUUAGGAAGCAUAACAGACAUCCUAGUGACAGAGCUGUGGAAUAACAUCAUCAAUGUCAGGUUUCUUCGUCUGUUCCGAGCUGCCCGUUUAAUUAAGCUGUUGCGUCAGGGAGAGACAAUCAGAAUUCUUCUCUGGACCUUCGUCCAGUCCUUCAAGGCUCUGCCGUACGUUUGCUUACUUAUCGCCAUCCUCUUCUUCAUUUAUGCCAUCAUUGGCAUGCAGCUAUUUGGGAAUUUAGCAAUAGAUGAAAGAGAGGACGCAGAUAGUGCCAUCACUGAACACAACAACUUCAGAACCUUCUUUAUGGCACUGAUGCUUCUCUUCAGGAGCGCGACAGGGGAGGCGUGGCAUGAAAUCAUGUUGUCAUGUUUGGGCGGGAUGCGAUGUGACAGUGCCGCCAAAAGCACCCAUGCUGAUGAGUGCGGCAGCAACUUUGCCUACGUAUACUUCGUCUCCUUUAUCUUCCUUUGUUCAUUCCUGAUGCUGAAUUUGUUUGUUGCUGUGAUCAUGGAUAAUUUUGAAUAUUUGACUCGUGACUCGUCCAUUCUCGGCCCCCACCAUCUCGACGAAUAUGUUAGAAUCUGGGCGGAGUAUGACCCGGCAGCAUGUGGCAGGAUCAGUUUCAGUGAUAUGUAUGUGAUGCUGCGCCACAUGUGCCCUCCGCUGGGCCUUGGAAAGCGAUGCCCUGCUCGCGUGGCGUACAAGAGACUGUUGCGUAUGGAUUUGCCCGUUGCCGAUGACAACACGGUGCAUUUUAACUCCACGCUUAUGGCAUUAAUUCGUACCGCACUCGACAUCAAGAUCGCCAAAGGUGGAGCAGAUAAACACCAGAUGGACGCAGAGUUGCGUAAGGAGAUGAUCGCCAUUUGGCCCAACCUGUCCCAGAAGCAGCUUGAUCUGCUGGUCACGCCACACAAGUCUACAGACCUGACGGUAGGGAAAAUCUAUGCUGCCAUGAUGAUCAUGGAAUAUUAUAGGCAGAGCAAGGCCAAGAAACUGCAGGCACUUCGAGAGGAACAGAACCGAACACCACUGAUGUUUCAGCGCAUGGAGUCGAAUCCAAGCCAGGACACAGGCCAAGAGGUCAAUAAAGUCAAUGAAAUCAAUAAAGUCAAUGAAGUCAAUGAGGUCAAUGGUGGACACUUGGUCAACGACCUCCGGGAAGUGCCACUGGAAAACAAUGACAGUCUUCCUGCUGAAUCCUGGGUAACUCCCCGCUCUCAGAUCUUCCAGAAGUCGGUUGAUGAAAACUGGGGUUCAGACACACUCUACCAUCAACAUGAUGACCGACACAACCCACAGACAGUAGAAAUGACAGCGAUGCCGGUUCACUCCGACACUGACACUUCACACCCACUGGAAGGGAGGACUGUCUCCAUGCCCCGUCUCCCAGUACACCACCAACGACGGAGAAGCAGGCCCAGAGGAAAUAACCUCAGUACCAUCUCUGAUGUAAGUCCAAUGCGACGUUCUACUUCGUCGCUGGUUCACGCACGAUCGGGUAGAAGCAUGCGUCUGGACGAUUACUCCCUGGAGCGGGUCGAGUCGGAGGAAGGGCCGAGACAUGAAAGAAGGAGGAGAGAAAGAGACAGAGACAGGGAGCGAAAUCACCGGACCUCUGAGAGAUCACUGACUCGAUACACCGAUGCUGAUACAGGUCUGGGUACAGAUCUUAGCACCACCACACAGUCAGGUGAGCUUCCUCCUAAAGAGAGGGAGCGAGAGAGAGGUAGAGCCAAAGAUCGGCGACAUCACCACCACCAUCAUCACCAUCAUCACCACCACAGCUCGGUGGAUAAGGAGAGAGAUACGAGAUACGAGAGAGAGCGAGAAUACCGUCAUCCCUCACACAACAGACACGAUACGCGCUGGUCACGCUCACCGAGUGAGGGCAGAGACGGCAGAGGACUCAGACAGGGAAGCAGUUCGGUGAGCGUUAGUCCGGUACCCUCGACUUCAGGCACCAGUACACCGCGCCGCACUCGACGUCAGCUCCCUCCAACCCCACCAACACCUCGUCCUCACCUGACAUACUCCCCUGCGCCGAGAAAACCCCUGCCACCUGCAACUCCACGUCGAGAGGCUCCUCCCAUCGGUCCGUCCCUGUCGCGUCGGCCCUCGCCCCGCCGCCCUCCCUACUAUGACCGAAACGUUGAACACGAGCCUCCGAACUAUGAGCAGAGCGUGAUUCAAGGACACACCCAUCCGUCACGCCACGGCUCCGUCAAUCACAGUCCGUCCCGCCGUAGCCCCGCGUCUCACCAUCGCCGCGUGCCCAACGGCUACCGCUCCUCCUCAUCUCCGUCCCCUCACCGCCGUGGCCCUCCCCACCACGGCGUGUCCCGUCCCCCCCAGCCCCGCCCUCCCCGAAAAAGCCUUCACGAACAGUACAGCGAGACGGACGAGGACGACUGGUGCUAACCUCCUGUGCUUCAAAUCCCAGCUAGAGGAAAAGAGGCAUGUAGCUCUGUGUGUGAGAAAGUAACUCGGACUAAACUACGAGCAGCACUCUCACACUGCAGGAAGACGCUGACAUGCCUCGCUACCUCUCGUAGCAUGUGAGGGGGACAGGGGCUGGGGUCAUGGCCGGGGACGUGUUCCGCAUGGUCGUGGUCCCUAGCGUCUCAUCUCUCAAAGCUAACAAGGCUGAAAAAAGGGUGUAGCACUUAGCGCUGCGCCUUCUAAAAAGACCAAAACACAGAAUAAAAGAAAAUAUAAAAAAAAAAAAAAAAAAAAAAAAAAAAAAGCAAAGAUAGAGCAAGUGCUCUUACGACUAAGAGCUCCGCCUACUGCAAAACUAGCCAAUGGCAUCAAAGCCUGCUACUGAUGAGUUUUAUCAUCUAUGUUUACUCUACAUGCUGAGUGACCUCAUCGCCUGGGGCGUGGCCAACAGGAAAAGGACCAGGCACCGGGAACCGGAGGAAAAUAUCAAAGCCACACCCACAUUACACCCCACAUGAGUAAGAGUAGGAGGUAUAAAGGGCAGAACAAUAAACGAGAUACUAAUUCA